AUGGGAUUUAUGAUAUUUGGCAGUUGCAACACCAAGCUGCAGUUACAAAAAGGAGGCACAGAGACAAGCCCUGAGAUAACCUUCUCCCGAGAUAGAUGACGGGGCCUCAGUAAGUGAGAUAUUUGCUGCGCUCCCUACAGGAGGUAUUGGUAGUAGUAGGCUGGUAUAGUAGGUUAUGCCCGAGAUGCUAGUAGGUUACAUCAGUUUUGGGAAGGUAAUGGCUGUCCUGCAUGAUGGAUUUCUGGAAGAUACUUGAGCUUGAGGGUUUCCUUCGCAUAGCUGAACGGAGCAUCAGAAUAGAAGAUAUUAUGAGAGGCUUGAAUUGGUAGAGUGCUAGUAUAUUGGUUGAUAAAGAAUAAUAGGGAAUGCAUUUCAUUUCAGUGCAUUCUACAACAUGCUCGCAUUUCAUCUUGGGUUGUUUCUCUAUUCCUGGUUACACAUGCGUGCCAUCUUGGUCUGCGGGGCUCGUAUGGAUACACGUAGCCCGAGGACAAAAAACAAUCUAAGAGCAAACCUAUUGGUCUUUACAUGCCAGAAAGCAAGAGAUAACAGGGCCAGAUUUCUUCUUUUCAAGAUCAAAAAGGCGGCACCUGCCCUGCUUCCUUCCGUCCAAUUGCCUCUCUUUCUCUCUCUCUCUCUCCCCUGUUCGGCCCCGGCCGAAUCCCAUAGCCUCCCAUGGCGACGUCCUCAUGCCAUUGCUCAAAAAGACGUAUCUUCAGAAUAUGCUGCUCCUGCUCCUUAUGUGCAUAUAUAUAACUAUAGGCUUAUGCUUCCGUAGACCCCCAAAUCUCAAAACCGAUUGCUGUUUCACUCACGAAGAUACCUCUUCGGGGGUUUACACUGUUUUGAAAUUUGGGUGUCUAUGGAAGCACAAGCCGGUAUGGUCUUAUGGAAAUUAAACUUGUGUGCCUCCCAGCAUGAAUUUUGGGCCCCUGCUCUACUUCAUGCUGCUAUCAUAUUCCUGUACCCUUGAGGCCUUGACAUACUAAACCGAUUAGUGUCUUGUUCUUUGGCAGGGUACGUAACCCUUCUUUUUUUUGAGUCCAAAAGUUCAGAACAAAAAAAUAAAGAGAGAAACACCAAAGUGUUUCUCUGAAACCGUCAUGCCGUUCUUAAAAAGGAAGAAGAUGGUAACUUGAUUGUGAACGUGAUGCGGGCGGGCUGGACAGAUAGGAGGCACACACUUUAUAUAAGCUCCAUGGAAGCCUCUUUCAUCGAUCAACUCUACGGCUACAAAGUAAAACAGAAAGAUUCAAGUGCCCAUGACUUGAAAAUCAUCCGCAGUGGAGUGUUGGGGAAACUCAAAUCGCAGAGGACCAAUGUUCGUGCUCCAGUAACGGCCGAAUGCCUCCUGCCUGCAAACCCGUGGAUGCGUGACUGCAGCAGCAGCAGCAAUGCAAGAAGUGAUGUACUCCUAGCAAAAACCGCAGUGGGUGAUCACGAGUCUGGUAUAUGGACUAUCCAUGGGAGGAGUCCGUUGUCGCAUGAAAGGGAAUUGGGAGCUUGCAAUGGAGAAAAACUUCUCCAUGAUAAUACAGAGGUCUCUGAUAAGAAUUUUUCUGACUACGAGGCGAAUGUCGAUGCGGAAUCAAGUAAAUCGUGCAAGAAAAGGAGGUUAAGCAGUACUUCCACUUACUGAAUGAUCAAGUGAGCUCGCAUGAUUAAUUAGCAUAUAGUGUGUUGCAAGCAUUGAGAUGAAAAGCAACACACCGAAUUACUCAAAGAGCCUGUUUGCUGCCUCAAAAUCUGUUCGGAGCCUGUU